GAGACCAACUCGCUGCGACUCUGAACGCUCCGCACAUAGCAAAGCUACAAAGUAAACCGGAGGGACCGCUGCGCUCGUGCAGGAGAGCUGCUCGUCUCACCCGUGGAUACUAUCACACAACCGCCGUCAUCUCCAAACCCUGUCCGUGGGAUACCUACCUACCUACCUAAUCUGGCUACAUCCUCUUGAGUUUUACAGUUGUAUUACCUCCUUUUUUUUUAUCACCUCCCCCCCCCCCCCUUUUUUUUCCUCUUCUCAUCUUUUCUUCUCCCUCUCCUCAUCUUUGAGCAUCAUCCCCUUCUGGCAAGUCGUCUUUGCCUGCCUGGCUAACUUUUCCAGCCUGACUCCAUCCCACACAACAACAACCACCACCACCUCCUCCAUCGCUCACCAACCCCUCGGCAGUUUCCCACCCUCCAGUCCUCCCUCUUAUCGCAGCAGCCUCCCUCCCCUGGAUCGGGCGGAACCCAUUCGGUCAGUCUACACCGGGGGGGGCACUGCUACAUGGGGCGCACGGUCUCGCACGGAAAAUGGUCUGCAGUCGGUAUCUAGGCGCCCCGCUGAACCUGCAGGGACUGGAGUUGUCGGAACGGAGUGUCUGCGUCUCUUCCCCGCGUCGCGUGUGCUGUCGUGGCCAGUGAGAUAUGGGUCUCUCCGCGGCGGCGCAGGCACCGCUCGAGGAGCCCCGGCGGCUGCGCCAGUGGAGCGGGACGGCGGGAGGCUGGCUCCGGAUCACGCUCGUCUCGUUUCUCGCCACUUUACCUGUGGAGCAGCUGCGCGCCUUCCCUUCCUCCCUCAGCGACUGCCAGACGCCGACCGGCUGGAACUGCUCCGGUUUUGAUGACCGGGACACGGACCUGUUCUUGUGCGACACCAACGCCUGCAAGUUCGAUGGGGAGUGUCUAAGAAUUGGAAACAUGGUGAAGUGCAUUUGUGACUUUAAGUGCAACAAUGACUAUACCCCAGUGUGCGGCUCCAACAAUCAGAACUACCAGAACGAGUGUUUCCUGCGCAGGGAUGCCUGCAAGCAGCAGUCUGAAGUACUCAUAAUGUCAGAAGGUGCCUGCCCUGCUGAUGCAGGCUCAGGAUCAGGAGACGACGGAGGAGAGGGCUCCGCCGAGGCAGGGCAGAAGGAAACGUCCACCUGUGAUAUUUGCCAGUUUGGUGCUGAAUGCGAUGUGGACGCGGAGGAUGUUUGGUGCGUUUGCAACAUCGACUGUUCCCACAUCAGCUUCAACCCGGUGUGUGCCUCAGACGGUCGUUCCUAUGACAACCCCUGCCAGGUGAAGGAGGCGUCCUGUCAGAAGCAGGAACGCAUCGAGGUCAAGUACCUGGGCCACUGCCAAGGCGACAUCAAAGGCGGAGAUGGACACUUUGCACGGACCGACCUCACAGUAGAGGAAAAAGAGGAUCCGAGGAACGAGCUGGCCCGCGGCCUGUACAUCCCCUGUCCAGACCACUACAAAAACUACUGCGUCCACGGAGAGUGUCAGUUCCCCAGUAUUCUGGCCCAGCCCUCCUGCAGCUGUCACUCGGGUUUCAGAGGCCCCCAGUGUGACAUCAAAGAGUACAACGUGCUCUAUGUGGUGCCAGGCUCUGGCAAACUGCACUAUGUCCUCAUCGCCUCUAUCAUUGGAGCACUCCAGGUGGUCAUCAUCUGCGUGGUGGUGCUCUGCAUUACCAGGAAGUGCCCGCGGACCAACCGGAUCAACCGGCAGAAGCAGAACAAUGUCCAUUUCAGUACGGAGAACACCAUGCGCGCCUCCACCCGGCUUAUCUGAGCCCAGACACCCCCACCCCCCGGACAGAGUCCCCUCUCCACUUUAUGGAGCGCUGUGGCGUCAGAUGUU